UGGACGUACGCAACCACCACCUUGACAAAUAGCCCAGAUGGAACAGUAACGAUGGAAUACCACUUGGUUGUGUUUACUGUAAUAUUGCAGUUAACCUUCCAGUCAGGGACCUCCAGCCUCACCAUCUCCCCGGACGGCCCUCGGCUGGUCGUCCAGCUGGGCGGCCCCCUGCGACUCCACUGCCAGAGUGACCGCAGCGCCGUGAGGUGGGUGCGCGAGGACGGGCGGAGGCUGCGAGGGGAAGAGCGGAAGGGUCAGAGCGCCAUGGUCAAUGUCCUCCGCGCUCAGAUCACCCAGAUGGGUCCCUAUGCCUGCCACGAGGAGGCUACAGGGGAGACCAGGGCCAUCUACGUCUUUGUCAAAGCGUUGCUUUCGGCAGAUCCGGCCAACGCCUUCCGCAGGUCCAUGAUGUCCAGCGUGAUCGUGGCCGUCGGGGAAUCCGCCACCUUCCCCUGUCUCGCCACCGACCCCGACGUCACAGACCUGGCCCUGGAGGGGUGCGGCGGUAUACCACUGCCCGAAGGCAUGCGCUACGAGGCCAGCCUGGAGCGCGGCGCGGUCGUGGAGAGCGUUCGGCGGGCCUACGAAGGGUGCUACCGGUGCACGGGGAGACUGAACGGACAUGAUGUUGAAUCGCGCGACUAUCAACUGGAAAUCCGUCUAGGUCCAGACACGGUGCCGGUGGUAGAGCUGCGUGGGCCAGAGCGGCUCCUCCUCACCCAGGGCCAGAGCCUCACCCUCAGCUGCUCCACCAGCAACAUCAACAGCGACAUCAACCUCCAGUGGACAUGGCCCCCUGCCACGCGUCCGACUGAGGCGAAGACAUCGCGCGUUGUGACGUUGCCCGUCGUCAACUACUCACACAGCCGGACGCUGCACAUCGGCGCCGUGAUGCCCUCCGACACGGGGAGCUACCGCUGCGAGGCGCGCAACGAGAGGGGAACCAGCGCCAAGAGCGUGUGGGUGGACGUCUUUGGCAAAGGCUUCAUCACCGUGAACGACACGACCAACCGAACGGUGCGCGUGCGGGUGGGCGAGAACCUGUCGCUGAGAGCACACAUCGAGGCGUACCCCAGACCACACAACAUCACCUGGAGCUACAAGGGCAAGACGCUGUGGAACACCACCGAUCACGUCAUCAUCACACACAGCCAUGGAAACAGCUACAGGAGCGAGCUGAAACUUGUGCGGCUCAAGGUGUCGGAGAGCGGCAUGUACCACUUUGAGGCCUCCCAUGGCGAUGCGUCUGUCAACGAAACAUUCACCGUCCACGUUAUAAGCAAGCCAGAGAUCGUGUCUCAUGAGGGCCCCGUGGACGGACAGGUGCGUUGCGUGGCCGAGGGAUACCCUGCUCCUCAGAUCACAUGGUAUUACUGUGAUCAGCCUCAUGCCAGGUGCUCACAGCUGCUCAACGCCACCCAGGAGGAGGAGGACAUCGUCACGGUGACGCUGUCCAACCCGGCGUUCGGCAUCAGCGAGGUGGAGAGCCGCCUGAACAUCAGCAAGAGCAACUUCCCCACGCUGGAGUGUGUGGCCACCGUGGAGGGCGAGCAGGUCUACACGCUCUUCGCCAUUAGCGAGCGGACUGUUCCCCACGAGCUCUUCACCCCCCUGCUAAUUGGCCUGGUGUCCUCUGCAGCCGUUCUCAGCUUCAUCCUGAUCGUGCUCUUCUACAAGUACAUGCAGAAGCCCAAAUUCCAGAUCCAGUGGAAAGUCAUCGAAGGUAUCCACGGCAACAACUAUGUCUACAUUGACCCUACCCAGCUACCAUAUGACAACCAGUGGGAGUUUCCUCGGGAGAAACUACGCUUUGGUAAGACGCUGGGUUCCGGGGCGUUUGGGAAGGUGGUGGAGGCCACAGCCUACGGCAUGUGCAAAGCCGACACGGUGAUGACGGUGGCCGUGAAGAUGCUGAAACCGAGUGCCCACGCCACUGAGAAGGAGGCUCUCAUGUCUGAGCUCAAAGUCCUCAGUUACCUCGGCAACCACAUCAACAUUGUCAAUCUGCUCGGCGCCUGCACCAUAGGGGGUCCCACACUCGUGAUCACGGAGUACUGUUGCUUCGGUGACCUCUUGAACUUUCUGCGUAGGAAAAGAGGCUCGUUUUUCUGGUCCAAGGAAGGGGAGGACAGUCAUUACAAAAAUGUUCCAGUGCAGAACGAGGGUUCCAGUGAGCCCAGCAAUGGCUACAUGAUGAUGAGACCCUCGGUGAGGGGUCCACUCUCACCCACUCGCCCCGUAGGGAACAGAAGAUCACCGCGCCAAGGUGGUUCGUUGAAUGACUCUGAGCAGCUGGAGCAAGAUGACUUCCUCCCUCUGGACACCGAGGACCUGCUCAGCUUCUCCUACCAAGUAGCCAAGGGCAUGGACUUCCUGGCCUCCAAAAACUGUAUCCACAGAGAUCUUGCUGCCAGAAACAUCCUCUUAACUGAAGGCAGAGUGGCCAAGAUCUGUGACUUUGGACUUGCACGAGACAUCACAACUGACUCCAACUAUGUUGUCAAGGGCAACGCCCGUCUCCCUGUCAAAUGGAUGUCUCCAGAAAGCAUCUUUGAUUGUGUUUACACGUUCGAGAGUGAUGUUUGGUCCUAUGGCAUCCUGCUCUGGGAGAUUUUCUCUCUGGGCAGAAGCCCAUACCCUGGCGUGCCUGUGGAUGCCAAGUUCUACAAAAUGAUCAAGUCAGGGUACAGGAUGGAUACCCCUGAGUUUGCACCCAGCGAAAUGUAUUCGGUGAUGUGCUCGUGCUGGGACACAGACGCGUACAGGAGGCCCUCCUUCAGGAAGCUGGUGGAGAAGGUGGAGCUGCAGCUCUCUGAUGCCACCAAACAUAUUUAUCUGAACUUCAAUGUGCGGUAUCCCGCCACGAGGGUCGCUCGUGAAAACCAGCAGCUCUCUCCGAUGUCCAGAGCCCGGGCCCUGAGACAGAACCCCACGGGCCACCACCACCACCCGCGCCGCCUCCACCACCAGCACCAACGCCAACACCAACGCCAGCAGCAGCACCAGCAGCACCAGCAGCAGCAGCAGCAGCACCAACCGCGUAGCCCCCCUUCACAGCCCCUCCUGCCCAGAAACAACACCGCGCUCUACGCGGGAGAGGCAGGAGCAAGACCGCCGCCUCAGGUGUGAGCUCUAACGGGGGAAAAUAAAACACCUCCCUGACUUUUUGAAUCCACCGGGCUGCCUUGGCCAGUGCCUCAUAGCAGGACUGGACCCCAGCGUCCACCUGCGCGCUCGGGCUUUAAGCCGCUGAUGCCGACCCCCCCCUCUCGCUCGCCCCCCUCCCUCCCUGCCUCCCUUCCUCCAGCGCACUGCUGGUGCUUCAUCCCAAGCAAGGGAUUCAGGUUGGGCUGAACCAGAAGAGGAAAGAUGGGGGUUGGAGUUGGGGUGGGUAGGUGGUUGAUCGGGGCCUUGCUAACUUCUCGGAUGGAGAAAGAACUCCUCACCCUUUAUGGACAGAGAAACAGACUCGUGACUCGUCAUUCAGUGGCCCCAGUGAACGGGACGAAUUUGAUGAAACAUGGGGGGGGGUAGAGAGGUCAGUUUCCAUCCUGGAGCCGAGUCAGCCGUUUUGAUUAUUGGUUCUGACUCAUACUCUUGGCCUGCUUCCUAAAGCAGCAGCUCUUCCCAGGGAGGGUUAUGGCCCGAAGCCCUGCUCUGCCUUGAGCCCAAAUGAACAGCGUGUAUUAUGCUUCUCUUUUUUUUUCCCGCUCCUUAGAGAGACUGCGCCAGGAUCAGCGCUGCUGAUCAGCUUUGGAGGAGUGCCGAUCAUGUCAAACAAACAGUACUGCCAAAAACUGCAGUGGAACACCUGUAUCAACUGUCCCCUACACUAGUGAUGAAUUUACCUUGCAAAUCUUUACCUGCUACCUUGCGUGAAACUCGUUAACCGUUAAGUUAAUCAUCAGUUUGGUAUAGUGGAGAGUCUUAAUGAGGAACUCUCUCUCUCUCUAUCUCUAUCACACAGUUCUGCCUUUGUGUGCUCGUAGCAGGCCGUCAGUCUUCUGUACAGACGGACGGACGGCAGACUAGCCUUGCCAACAACUCUUCCAUUUCCACGUUUCAUUUCAACGACAUUUACGAGCUGCGAGAUUCCUGAGUUGGCUCGUCAGCAUUCCUGAUUCUGUCCCGAAAAGAAAUCCUACUGUUCCUUAAUGUAUGUCAUUUCCUCUCGUUUUGUUUGGUUGAAAUGUAGCAUUUUAUACGCAUGUACUGAGCUCUCUUUCUCUAGUAUUCUAACAGUUACACUUGUUUUUCCAGUAUCAGUAUUUUUUUUCUCUCCAGCUCAGUCCAGUUUAUUCCAGAAGUGACAGGCUUCCAUUGUAAUUCAUGAGAGUCGGUUAGUAAGCACUUUGUUUGAGAGUCAUGUGAGUGUGUGUUGACGGUACUGUGGCUGGUUGAUGUGUGUGUGUCAGUGUGUGUUAUAUCGUUGAGCGGUGUGUGUGUGUGUGUGUGUGUGUGUGUGUGUGUGUGUGUGUGUAUGGCCCUGUUGGGCGGGGAGUCUUGGGCUUCAGCGGCAGCUUGGUGUCAGUAUCACUUGCUCCAUGUCGGAUGUGCUCUCUCCCACCACGUGAAGAGAGGAAAAAAACAGAAGAAAUGUAAAGGCUGAAAGAACAUGUAAAUUUGUAUUCAUAUACCUACAUAAUAUUAUGUUUUUACUUUUUUAGUGUGUGUGUUU